UCGGGCUGGCGCGACUCGGCACGGCCGGCUCCUAGAUACCUUUGUCGCGAGCCGGACCUCCACAGCGUUGUUCGCGAGGUCGAGCUUGGGCUCCAAGAGGGCUGAGCGCGUGUCCUUCGGAGUCUGAGUGGCCGGAAGGAGGGCGGUGGAGGGCCUCCGGGUGGAGGACACCGGGCUGCCCAGCUAUAGGGUCGCGCGCGUGUUCCCGGGCCUCGGGGUGGACUAGAGCUGUGGACCCCCGGCCCCUAGUGCGUUCGUCGCGCCAUUUUCCCACGGUCGUCACUUGCGCCGGCGGGCAGGAAGUCACCAUGGAGCCUAAGGGCAGAGGGUCACUUUCUGAGAAUUCAGACCUUCCCCAUGCUGGAAACCCAAAAGAAAAUGGCCUGACCUCUGUGCUGCUGACCCCUGCAUACCAGGAGUCGAUGAUCAGGGAUAUGGCUGAGGCUCUCACCCAGUGGGGGCAGCUGAACACUCCUCAAGGAGAUGUGCCUGAGAAGCAUAGGAAUCUGGUCUUGCUGGGGCUUCCAAUUUCCAAGCCUGAUGUAAUCUCUCAGUUAGAGUGUGGGGAGGAGCUGGAGAGAGAAGUCUCAAAAGCAACUAGUCCAGGACUGGAAUGCAAGGAGCUAACUCCAGAGCAGGACAUUUCUGAAGAAGAAUUAGCCCCUGUUAACACUGGGGUGUUAAUAGAGAGAUUUCCAAAGGAAAGUUCCAGUGAAUGUGAGGAUUCUUUAGAGAGUCAGCAGGAAAACCAUGAGAAACAUUUAAUACAAGAGGUUGUGCCUCAGAAGAAACCUUCUGGGGAGAGAAGUUACCAGUGUGAUGGAUUUGGAAGAAAUUUUAGUCGGAGGACAUUCCUUGUUCAGCAGCAAGGAGAGCGACGACACAAUUGUGAUUCAUUUAAAAAGAACUUGAAACAAAAUUCAGAUCUAAUGAAACAUGAGAAAAUUUGUGCAGAAAAGAAGCCUUGGAAGUGUAAUGAGUGUGAAAAGGCCUUUAGUUACUACUCAGCUUUUGUCUUACAUCAGAGAAUUCACACAGGAGAGAAACCCUACGAAUGUAAUGAAUGUGGUAAAUCCUUUAGUCAGAGCAUACACCUUACUCUACACCAGAGAAUUCAUACGGGAGAGAAACCUUACAAAUGUCACGAAUGUGGGAAAGCCUUCAGUCACCGCUCAGCCCUUAUUCGGCAUCAUAUAAUCCAUACUGGGGAGAAACCCUAUGAAUGCAAUGCAUGUGGGAAGGCCUUUAAUCAGAGUUCAUACCUCACUCAACAUCAGCGAAUUCAUACUGGAGAGAAACCUUAUGAGUGUAAUGAAUGUGGAAAGGCCUUCAGCCAAAGCACAUUCCUUACCCAGCAUCAGGUCAUUCACACUGGAGAAAAACCCUAUAAGUGUAAUGAAUGUAGGAAAGCUUUUAGUGAUCGUUCAGGCCUUAUUCAGCACCAGAGAACUCAUACUGGGGAGAGGCCUUAUGAGUGUAAUGAAUGUGGGAAAGCCUUUGGCUACUGUUCAGCCCUGACUCAACACCAGAGAACUCACACUGGGGAGAAACCCUACAAGUGCAAUGAUUGUGCCAAAGCCUUCAGUGACCGCUCAGCCCUUAUUCGUCAUCAGAGAACACACACUGGAGAGAAACCUUACAAGUGUAAGGAUUGUGGAAAAGCUUUCAGCCAGAGCUCAUCUCUUACAAAGCAUCAGAAAACUCACACUGGAGAAAAACCUUAUAAGUGUAAGGAAUGUGGAAAAGCUUUCAGCCAGAGUUCAUCCCUUUCUCAACAUCAGAAAACUCAUUCUGGAGGGAAAACCAAGGAAUAUGGAAAAGCCUUUAGUGAGCAUUCAGCCUUUGGCCAGCAAAAGAGAAUUCAUACUGGAUAAAGGUUCUGUACGUGUAGUAUGUUCAGAACAUAUUUAUUGAACAAUUACUAUACAUGCUGUGAGGGCUACAAAGGAAUUUAAGACUAUGUUACAAAAAAAGAUCUAAUUGAGAAGUCAUUGUUGAUAUGGGACAUAGCUUAUUUAGAGUGUGAAAGAAGGAUUUUACAUUUUUUUAAGUAACAGAGGAAGUUGUGUAUUUCCCUGGGGAGAGAGGGAAAUUAUUUCCAACAUCCUAAUGUGUAUGUAAGCUACCAAAUCCUUGCGAGAGAAAUAGGGUGUGCCAUGAUGGAAAGAGGCCAUCUUGGCUGGGGUAGGUGGUCUCAUAAUGCUAAGGAGAUGAAGUUUUGAAGGGAUAAAUGGUCCUUUUAGGCAAAUUGCAAGGGUGGAAAUAAGAGGUUGGCAAUUCACAAUGAACCUGUACAGGGUUGAGAGUGGUGGUGGAAGGGACGUUGUCCUUGGGUCUUAAAUACCAGAGCACUUAGGAGGUGGAUAGAAAGCAUAGACAAAAAGAGCUUGGGGAUGAACUCAAAUGUUGAUUGAGAUAACUACUCAAAUGAGUACCAAGAACCAGGAAAAAUAUCAGUCAGGCUUGUUAGUUAGUCACAAAGUUUCCAUCUUGAAGCCAAGGAAUAUUGGCCCGGCAAGUCCACUUCUGCACUUUUGGUCUUUUAGACAAUGUUCAUUGAGAAGUUACCUACUAAGAAUCACAACUCCAAGGGUCAAGGCUGACAACCUAGAAAGGGAGAUUACAGAAGGGACCUCUGAUGCUUUCAGUCUGUUUUAAGGUGAGUUACCUGAGAAUGUGCAUAUUUAUAAAAAUUUGCCUCAGUUGUAUGUAGUUUGUACCCUAAGCUUUUUCAUACCAUCGUUUAAUUUACCUGUAGACCUGAACUGACGCGGCAUAUUAGGUGGUAAACAACUUGAAAACGCUAGAAACACCUUUCAUCAUUUUACUCUUAAAUAGAGGCAGGUGACAUCUUUAUAUUUGUUUUUUUUUUCACUGAAACUUUGAAGAUUAUUUUUGCAAACAUUUUGAGUACUGUGUUUUUAGUGGUUACAAGUUCGACUGUGAUGUCUUAGUGUGCAUUUCUUUCAGUUUAUCCUGCUUUCUGUGCUUCUUGAGGCUGUAGGUGUGUGUCUUUUGCCAGAUUUGGGGGAUUCUCAGCCACCAUUUCUUUGAAUACAUCUUCAGCCUCCACCCCCACCCCUUCUAACAAAUGUUAGAUCUGUAGUCUCACAGGUUCCUGAGACUCUGUUUACUUACUUUUUGGUACGUUUUCAUCUUAGUCUGCAUGGGUUGCCAUAGCAAAGUGCCAUAGCUUGGGUGACUCAAACAACGGAAAUUAAUUUCUCACAGUUUUGGAGGCUGGAAGUCCAAGAUCAAGGUGUUGGCCUUGGUCUCUGAUGAGGGCUCUCUUCCUGGCUUGCAGAUGGCUGCCUUCUUGCUGUGUCCUCAUAUGGCCUUUUCUUGGUGCCUGAGCAUGGAAGGAGAGAAAGAAAGUGCUUGCUCUCUUCCUUUUGUAAAACCACCAGUCCUGUCCGAUUAGGAAUCCAGCCUUAUGACCUCAUGUAGCCUUAAUUUACUCUGAAAAACCCUAUCUCCAAAUACAGUCUCAUUGGAAGUUAGCACUUCAACAUAUGAAUUUUGGUGGGAUACAAUUCAGUCCAUAGCAUUUCAGUCCCUGGCCCCCCAAAUUCAUGUUCUCACAUGCAAAAAUAUAUCCACUCCCUCCCAACAACCCCCAAAGUCUUAACUUAUUGCAGCAUCAACUCUAAAGUCAAGUUCAAAGUCUCACCUAAAUAUCACAUAAAUGAGAUAUGGGUGAGACUUGAAGUAUCAUUCAUCCUGAGGCAAAAUUCAUGUCCAGCUUUGAACCUGUGACACCAGAUAGGUGAUGUGCUUCCAAAAUUCGAUUGUGGGACAGCAUAAGAUAGACAUUCUCACUCCAAAAAGGAGAAAUAGGAAAGAAGGAAGGGGUGAUGGAUCCCAAGCAAGCCCAAAACCUACCAAAGCAAGCUCCAUGAGAUCUUCAGGUGAGGAUAAACCUCUCUGGCUUUGUGUCCCACCUUCCAGACCUGCUCGUGCAGCCAUCCUGCUGCCAAGCUCUGCUGGGCAGCCCUGCCUCCAAACUGUGGCUGGAGGCUGUCUGGCCUGUUGAAACCAAGCUGAUGUCCCCACCCUUUGAAACUGAGGAGGCAGCCUCAAGAUCUCUGAGUCGACUUCAGAGUCAUUCUUCCCUUUCUUGAAGCACGGCGCACGUUUGCAGCUGAAUAAGCUCUAUUGUCUGGCCCUAUAGGAUCUAAGAAGUCCAACAGCCUUCCUUCAUUUGUCUGGUUUUUCUAUCCCCUUUAGUCCCAGCUGGCUGUGUUUCUGCUGGUAUAGUCCCAUUUCUGUCCCUGGCUUCUGCUGAGAUGGCUGAUUAAAUCUACGAGUCACACCCAUGAUCUCGUUAUCAAAUGGUUGCUCAGCCUCGCCCUUAGUGUUCUCUUCAGAACAAGUUUUCUCGUGUUUUGCAACAUGGAUAGAAUUUACCAGACCUCCAAGUUCUAGUUCCUUUUGGGUUAACAAUUCCUUUUUCAUUCAUCUCUCUUCUCUCGAAUAUUUUUUUUCUUGGUUGGGUUGGGUCUUCGUUGUUGCGCACAGGCUUUCUCUAGUUGUGGCGAGUGGGGGCUAUUCUUCAUUGCGGUGCGUGGGCUACUCAUUGUGGUGGCUUCUCUUGUUGCUGAGCGUGGGCUCUAGAUGCGUGGGCUUCAGUAGUUGUGGCGCAUGGGCUCAGGAGUUGUGGCACACGGGCUUAGUUGUUCUGCGGCAUGUGGGAUCUUCCUGGACCAGGGCUCAAACCAGUGUCCCCUGCACUGGCAGGCGGAUUCUUAACCACUGCGCCACCAGGGAAGUCCCUCUCCUCUCGAAUUUUGCUCUAAUCAGUAAGGAGGACCCAAGCUGUGCCUUCAAUACUUUGCUUGGAAAUCUCCUAUGUUGAACAUCCAGUUUCAUUGCUCACACGUUCUACAUUCCACAGAACACUGGAACACAGUGCAGUGAAGUUCUUUGCCACUUUACAACAAGGAUUGCCUUUCUUCCCAUUUCCAAUGAUGUGUUCCUCAUUUCUGAUGUCUGAGACCUCACCAGAAUGGCCUUUAAUUCUAGGAGGCACCUCAAAACUCUUCCAGCUUCUUUCCGUAACCCAGUUCCAAAGCUACUUCCACAUUCUUAGGUAUUUGUUAGAGCAGCAUCCCUCUUCUAGGUACCAAAACCUGUCUUAAUCUGUUUGGGUUCCAAACCAAAAUACAGGCAGACCUUGUUUUAUUGUGUUUCAUUUUAUUUGCACUUUGCAGGUAUUGUGGGAUUGUUUUUUUGUUUUUUGUUUUCCAAAUGUAAGGUUUGUGGCAACCUGGUGUUGAGCAACUCUAUUGGUGCCAUUUUUCCAACAGCAUUUUCUCAGUUCGUGUCUCUGUCAUAUUUUGGUAAUUCUCUCAAUAUUUCAAACUUUUUCAUUAUUAUUAUUUGUGUUAUGGUCAUCUGUGAACAGUGGUCUUUGAUGUUACUAGUAUGAUUCGCUGAAAGUUAGCAUCUUUUAGCAAUAAAGUUUUUUUUUUUUUUUUGCGGUACGCGGGCCUCUCACUGUUGUGGCCUCUCCCAUUGCGGAGCACAGGCUCCAGACACGCAGACUCAGCGGCCAUGGCUCACGGACCCAGCCGCUCCGCGGCAUGUGGGAUCUUCCCAGACCGGGGCACAAACCCAUGUCCCCUGCAUCGGCAGGCAGACUCUCAACCACUGCGCCACCAGGGAAGCCUGCAAUAAAGUAUUUUUAAAUCGAGGUACGUACUUGUUUUUUAGACAUAAUACCAUUGCACACUCGAUAGACUACAGUAUAAAGCUAACUUUUAUAUGCACUGGGAAACCAAAAAACAGUAUGUUACUCACUGUUGCGAUAUUCACUUUAUUGUGGCUUUCUGGAACUGAACACACAGUAUCUCUGAGGUGUGCCUGUACCAUAGGCUGGUGGCUCAAACAGAGAUUUAAUUCUCACAGCUCUGGAGCUGGGAAGGCUAAGAUGAUUUGGUUUCAAGGGGCCAGCAGAUUUGGUUUCUGGUAGGAGCUCUCUUCCUGGCUUGCAGGUGGCCACCUUCUUGCUGUGUUUUCAUGGCCUUCCCUCAGUGCAUGGGUGUGGAGAGAGAGAAUUCUUUCCCUCUCUUCUUAGAAGUCUACCAGUCUUAUCACAUUAAGAACCCAUACUUAUAACCUCAUUUAACCUAAUUACCUUCUAAAAGCCCCAUCUCUAAAUACAGUCAUAUUGGGGGUUAGGGCCUCAACAUAUAAAUUCAGGGGACACAGUUCAGUCCGUAGCAAUUUUCUCUUUGUUGUUCAGAUUGGGUAUUUUCUAUUGUUCUGUCUUCAAGUUCACUGGUUCCUCUGUCCCUUCCAUUCUACUAUUUGAGCCCAUUAUUGGGUUUUAUGUCAGUUAUUGUGUUUUUCACUUGCAUUUGAUUCUCUAUUCUGUUUCUCUGCUGAGACUUAUAUUCUUUAAAUUUGUGUCAGGUGUGUUUGUAAUUGCUCACCGAGGCAUUGUUAUAAUGACUGUUUUAAAAUCCUUGUCAGGUAAUUCUCACAUCUGUGCCAUGUCAGUGUUGGCAUCUGUGGAUCAUCUCACUCAGGUUGAGAUUUUCCUGGUUCUUUGUGUGAUGAGUGAUUUUCCAUUGAAAUCUGGACAUUUUGAGUAUUAUGAGGCCCUGACUCUCUUUGGAGCUUCCGUCUGGGCAGCCUUCCUCUGACACUGCUCUGGUGGAAAGCGUUGGGGGGACACUGCCUUAUGACUAUAAGUUGGUGUUGGAAGUCCCGGUCCAUCAUUGGCCUCUGUUGAUACGUGGGACAGGGAUCCUCAGUACUGCUGGGCUGGGGGUGCAGAGGAGUUCCAGCUCCCCACGUGGCCUCCACUGACACCACACCAGUAAGGAAGGGGAGAGACGUCUUGUCUCUGGGUAGGGUUGGAAGCCUAGUCUCCCCAGAGGGUCCCCGGUGACACUGCUGAGGUGGGAUGGGGGAGGGGUUGGCUUUGACAAUCCUGUCCCCCACUUGACCUUCUCUGACACCACUCAGGGUGGGGAUGGGACAUUGAGGAGCCUCAUUACAGCCUGUGAGGGUGGAUAUGUAGGCUCCCCACUUGGCCUUUGUUGGUUGUGGAUAAGAGCACAGUGUUUUUCCAUGGUCUCUGGCCGGAGUAGGGUGGUUCUUGUCUAAAAGUUUUCUGUCUUGCUAAGCUGCUCUUUUUUCCUAGUCCUUUGGCUAGAAUGAGCAGACUUUUCUUGGGCUUUUUUUUUUUGGUCUGUGCUUGUUGUUGUUUCUGGAUUUCCUGCUUCUUCAGAACCCAGUCUGGGACAAAUGAAGCAAAAAGAAAACCCAAGGAGCCCUGCGUUGUUCUUCAGGUCCAGAGGUCCCCAGCCUGUCUGUAUUCUCUCCACCUUUCAGAAUCUUAUGUUGUUUUCUAUAGAACGUGCAGGGGUUUUAGCUAUACUUAGAGAAAUAGGGGAAAUCACCACUCCAUCUUUCCCGUGACAUCCUCCAUCUGACACUGAAAUGGCAGGUCAAGUUGCAUCAAAGGUUUGUAGCUUACACCGGGCAUUUGUAACCAAGUAAGGACCAAGAGGAAUGCUCACUUGUUCCCCAAAGAUACAUUGCCUAGUUGGAAGGUAGAAACUAUCAGGCUGCAAGCGUCAUCUAGCUUUGUGGGAACUAUAGUUUUUAAGUUGAGGAAAUACCAGCAUUUAAUUGUAGUUUACAAAUUCAAGAAGGAAGAAUAGAUAUGACUAAGAAUAUAAACUAUGAGGUUAAGCAUUUUUAUUUGUAUCUUUGCUCCAAGAACAUGUGAGGACCACUGGAGAAUUAGAUUCAGAAUUGUGUGUUUUUUUCCUAUUAUGUAUUAUCUAUGUGUGUAUAUCACAGAGAACCAACAAAAUAAAGAAGGAAAAUAAUUGGAAUUUGGGACAAAUCACGUCAUCCUUUUAAAUCUGUUUCCUCAUUUAUAUAUAUUUUAAAAUGUCAUACCUCCUUGAGAGUGGCUAGAUUAGAUAGAUAGUGGGUGCAGAGUGAUUUGUAAGCUAUCAAGUGCUGUAUGACUAUUAGGUAUUGGUAUAGCUGUUUAGAUGACCUGCCAUCAUGUAAGCUUUAUGAUGGUGUAGCCCAAUAAAAUGAUGAUGAAUAUAACAUGUGUCUUUUAAUCUUUUAUUUAAAAAAGUUUUUUUUAAUGAACAGUAGUAAAAUCUGCAUCUUUUGAGAUGAUUGUAUGGUUUUCUGUAAUCUGUUAAUGUGGUAAAUUACAUUGAUAAAUCUCCUAAUGUUAAAGAACACUUGCAUUCCUGGGAUUUACACAACUUAAUGAUUUUCCCUACCCUUGGAAGAGUUUGUGCUCCUUGAAUGUUUAGUUACAUUCACCUGUUAAACUGGGAUUAUUGUUGUAUAGUGUGUGUUUUGACUGGUUUUAGGGGAUAUUCAGAUUUUCUAUCUCUUCUUGAAUUUUUUUUUUUGAAUUUUUUUAAGUUAGGCUUUUCUAAAAGUUUUCUUUUUUGCCAUUAAGUUUUUCAAAUAUUUUUAUUUUAUUUAAAAUCCCUGUUUUAUCUGUAGUUAUGAUCUCUUUUUCAUUCCUGGAAUUGCUUAUUUGUCUCCUCUUCUUUUCUCUUGAUUGUGUUUCCAGAGGUUUGUCAGUUUUACUACUCCAAAAAAAAAACCUGGCUUUUGGGCAUUUUAUAAAAUCAACUUUAUUAAAGUAUACUUUUAGAUAAAUUCACCCAUUUAAAGUGUCCAAUGAGUUUGAUAAAUGUAAUACCUGUUUAACCACCAAACUUGUGUGUGUGUGUGUUUAUAGUAUGGUUUUUUCCUUCUCUCUUUCCUCCUUUAAUCUCAUUGACCCAACUAAAAUAACCCAACUAUUAGUUUCAUUGAUUUUUUUCUAUUGUUUAUUCUCUAUUUUAUUUAUUUCUGAUCUAUAUUAGUUUCUUCCUUCUGCUAACUUUAGUCUUAGUUCUUUUUUUUUUUUUUUUUGUGGUACGUGGGCCUCUCACUGUUGUGGCCUCUCCCGUUGCGGAGCACAGGCUCCGGAUGCGCAGGCUCAGCGGCCAUGGCUCACGGGCCUAGCCGCUCCGUAGCAUGUGGGAUCUUCCCGGACCAGGGCACAAACCCGUGUCCCCUGCAUCGGCAGGCGGACUCUCAACCACUGCGCCACCAGGGAAGCCCCAAGAUUUUUUUUUUUUUUUAUCAAGAUAUUUUUUAAGUUCCUUGUGAUUUCUUCUUUGACCCAUUUGUUGUUCAAGAGUGUGUUGUUUAAUUUCCACAUAUGUGUGAAUUUUCCAGUUUUCCUUUUGCUAUUCAUUUCUAGUUUCAUUCCACUGUGGUCAAAAAAGACACUUAAUGUGAUUUCAAUCUUCUUAAAAAUUUUAAGACUUGUUUCGUGACCUAAAAUGUGAUUUAUUGUGGAGAAUGUUCCAUAUGCACUUGAGAAGGGAAUGUAAAUCUCUGAGUUUAUCCUUUUCUUUUACCACUUUGCCCAACAACAUCAGGAGUAACCAGCCAACUUUAUUCUAUUUGUUUGUUUUUGUGUUGUCAAUCUCAGCCUAUAAUGAUGCUAUUGGCUAGAAGUGCCUGAGGUACUCACCUAGGCCCAUACUACUAGUAGUGAGCCCGGAGCCAAUGUUGUGGCUGGACCAGCCCUUGUGUUUCUUGCUAUGACUGCAAGAUGCACUUCAGCAACAACCAUCAGAGUACUUUGAAAAAAAGAUUU